AUGAAUACUCCUCCACCAGGUUUGUCCCUCCGGUCCCUGUCGCACCCAGACCAGACCAGUGUUACCCCAGAGCGCACUUACCACAUCAUCACCCGUCGACCUAUGCCCAUCCCGUCGGGGGAAAAAUAUAUUCCCACCACCCCAACCAGCCCGAUCUCACAAGAGUCGAGCCACUCCAUACAAAACGCCCAAACCCGUUGCCUGACGAACCGACGAGGAGCCCGACACAGCCGGCAAGAGGUGAUACUCCAGAUCCCCGCCGCCAGAACUCCAUCAAAACGCCAAUCUCGUAUGUCGAAGGGACAGAAAGACAGUCCGCCUGGCGCAAUGCACAGGCCUGAGACUGGCUCUCCCUCCAACCCAAUCAACGUAGAUGACAACGCAGCCAUGAUCAAUCAGUUGUACGCAGGAACCUAUGACCUGGGAGAUGACGAUCCAACCACUCCCCAGUCCGACACCUCAUCCAGCACCUGA